GUUACAGUCGUGACUCGUCGUCUGUCCUGUGUUUGUUGCAUUUUAAGUACUGGCAGCUCGGAUCUAAAAUCGUAACAGAUGCUCACUUCUUUCCCUUCUCUUCCAAUUAUUUUAAUCCACAAAAACAAAGUCAACAAAAUAAAAAUGUCCCCACUCAUAAAAUUCUGAACUCUAAAAAGGAAAGCUCUUUUUUUUAUUUGAAUUUUUCAAUCAGUGAGAUUUAUAAAUUAUAUUAUUACUAUUAUUAUUAAACUGUUUUUUAUAUGUAAAAAUAAGAAAAAGUGCCAAUAGUGAAUUUGCUGUUGAAGAGAAUAGUAAACACGUGGCUUUAUUUGUUUAGAGUGAUAAGAUUACUUUUCUGUUAAGUGAAACUUGUGAGAUUUAGUGAUAGUAGAAUAGAAAAAAUAAGUUCAGUGAUAAGUUCGCCUUCGUUUGGAGGAAGCUGGUUGUUGGAUCGUCUACUAAAUUUAAAGAGGAUCUAUUUAUAAGAAGAUGGUGACCCUAGACCAGAGGGCCUACUUCCAUUGGGCGGACUGGUUAGUUUUUGGUACGAUGCUUUCAAUUUCAGCAGCAGCUGGAAUUUGGCACUUCAAAAAGGCCCAAAAGUCAAAUACAGAAGAUUAUUUACUCGGAGGAAAGGGCAUGAGUCUCUUUCCAGUCUCUGCUUCCUUAAUAGCAAGUUUCAUAUCAGGAAUCACGAUACUUGGAACUCCAGCAGAAGUUUACAACUUUGGAACUCAAUAUUGGAUAACAAUUGUUUCAAUAUUCUUCGCUGGAGUUGUAGUUGCACACGUUUACCUUCCGGUUUUUUAUACCUUAAAACUCAGUUCUGCUUAUGAGUACCUCGAACUGAGAUUUAAUCCCGGUGUGAGAAUUUUGAUAUCUCUUAUUUUCGUCGUCGAUGUGGUGCUGUACCAAUCGAUUGUGAUUUACGUUCCAGCCUUAGCUUUAAAUCAAGUGAGCGGAAUAAACGUCCACUUAAUCGGUACAAUAGUCUGUCUGACAUGCGUGUUUUACACUGUCUUGGGCGGACUAAGAGCAGUCGUUUGGACUGAUGCUCUUCAAGUAACUGUGAUGGUAACGGCUGUGAUAACUGUGACUAUAAUAGGAACCUACCAUAUCGGUGGACCUUCAGAAGUUUGGCAAAAAGCCUUGGACGUUAACAGAAUUCAGUUCCUUAAUUUUGAUUCUUCUCCGUUCACGAGACAUACAGUAUGGACCGUUUUAUUUGGAUCCUGGCUUUACAGUGUGGGUUACAUAUCUGUUAAUCAAACGAUGGUUCAAAGAUAUACCUCCUUGAAAGAUUUGAAAACUUCAAAACUGUCAAUAGCAAUCUUUACAAUUGGAGCUAUGUCCUUCAUUUCUUUGUGCUGUUGGUGCGGCCUUGUGCUUUUGGCUUGGUGGUCGCCCCCAAAAUGUGAUCCACGAGCGAGUGGAUUAAUUUAUGCUGACGAUCAACUCUUUCCAGCUUAUGUAAUGGAGAUUGCUGGCAAAAUACAUGGAGUUCCUGGACUUUUUAUUUCUGGUGUUUUUGGUGCUGCUCUCAGCACAUUAUCGGUGGGAUUAAAUUCAACAUCUGUGGUACUUCUAGAAGAUUUUGUGAAGAGCUGUUUUAAAUUAAAGCCCACUGACCGAUGUGCAAGAAUUUUCGUCAAAAGUAUCGUCGUUAUUCUUGGACUAGUGGCCCUAUCUCUCCUUUUUUUAGUCGAAAAGUUAGGAGGAGUCCUCUCUGUGACGAACAGUUUGGCUGCGAUUGCCGCGGGAACUUCAUUUGGAGUUUUCACACUUGGUAUGCUUGUUCCCUGGACAAAUUCUAAGGGCGCAUUUGCCGGUGCCGUUGCAGGAUUUGUGAUUGCUGGAUGGGCAAGUCUUGGGGCAAAUGCAGCCAUUGGAUCUGGAGUAAUAAUUCCUCAAAAACUUCCAGUAAAUAUUUCCAACUGCCCUGGAAACAUCAGUGAAGCUUUCUUAAAUCAAUUCAAGCACAUCGACGAAGAGGACAUAUUUCCUCUUUAUCGUCUUUCUUAUCACUGGUUCGCUGGAUUAGGAACUGCAGUGGUUCUUGUAGUUGGUGGGAUGGUUAGUUGGUUAACUGGUCCACUGGAUCCAUCCACGGUUGAUAGAGCCUUGCUCUCUCCUGUAAUUCACAGGUGGUUACCGAAACCGAGAGAUUACAACCAAACCGGAAGAUGGAGAAGAGCAUCUCAGUUAUCAAAUUUUAUCAACCGUCGACAAAAUGAAAACACCGCAGUAACGAACUUUUAAAAUGUAUUGAAACAAUCUCAAAAGAGUAACACGCUAAAGAAAAUAUUUUUUAUUAUAAUUGCCAAUAAAAACAUUUUUUUGUAAAACUUAGACUAGCAAUUCGAGAGAUAAUAUAUUUUAUGAAUUAAUUAGGUUGCAGAUUAAGUAUAUCAAUAAUUUGUAUUAGUUCCAUUUUUUAUAGGAAACUUUUUUUCAAGCCUAUAUAGUUAUAGGGAGUUUUAUUGUUGGCAUCUUUUCUGCAUUUGUGAUCUGUAUGAAUAUGAUUUUUUUUUAUUAAGCUUCUAAAAUCUUUGAUUUUGAAUCUUAGUUUGUCGAAGCAAACUAAACUUCAAGAAAUUCUAGUUCACACCGAGUUCUGUAACUGAAUUUGUUCGCUUUUCAAGCUCCAGUGAUUUUCAGUGACCCGUGUUUAUACGGAAGCCAAAGAUCAAAUGCCCUCAGGACAUUGUCUCUCUCGUUAACGCAUAAUAAACCUUGUUAAAUUUUCUAUUAGUGAUCAAACGGUCUCGACAAAUUUG